AUGAGACCAAAACAUUUGCCCAAAGAACCAGGACACUCCCCACAGGCCACACUCCUCUGUCCCUCUGUUCUCUGGAAACCUACUGUGGAACUUUUGGAACCCCCACCUCUGGGGCUCGACUGCUGGCCUCACUGCCCUUGCGGUGUCUGUAGAAUCGACAAACCGGCGUCUCGUUGCUUCAAUGUCGGAGCUUCUAACAUUGAGCUCUCGAUCAAGAUUACCAAGGACCCAUGGUAUGCUCACCUGCAUGACCACAAGGACAACGUAGACAAUAUCUGGCAAGGUUGUUCAAUAAUGUUUUUGUUCAACUUCGCCAAAUGCGACACCACUGGUAGUAUCAAUGUUCGCAAUCCAUGCGUUGGCUUUACACCUUGUUCCCCUGGAACCGUUCUCGUAACUUCCACACCAUUAGAUGCCAUUUGCGACCCACUAGGAUUUUCUGAAUUCCUUCACUGGACAUCCAGGAUACCGACCAUGGCAAGCAGCGCUAGCUGCAUUUGGAGUUUUGGUUACGAAUUCUACUUCACAUCUGGCUCCAGCGACUCUUUCUUCGACUCUCCUCCGGAGCCUGCGUUCUUCAUUUCAAACAUCACAGAGUGGAGAAAAGAUAUCCCCACCCCUGUGGUAUCCGUACAGGACUUUCCUUUCUCUGAUUUCCAGGACAUGCACACAGUGGACUUGUUCGAUCCAAAGGACACUGUCUCUGAGUGCAGCAUGGACAGCGCAUACCAAAGCCAGAGCAGCGCCAGCCGGCAUACCACCAGCAAGCCAGACGGACAGCUCCAGGAGAACCGUAGGCACAUCAGCACACAAUUCGGUGGGAGUGACAUAUACUCACCCUCAAUGAGCUCCGACAACUACCCUGCAUUUCCGGAGCAAGCCCUGGACUUGAGCCAACUGCCACACUCUGCCACAACUGGAACCUGGGAGGCUACAGAGGGCUCUCUCGCCUAUGCUAACUAUUCUACUGGGCAGGACUACACACAAUACUCCACUGCGAGCAUGCCGCGAUUCACCUCAUCGACGGCUGUAAAUCUCCCGCCCCAGUGGACCGCGUCCGAUGGCCAGUUUCAUAGCCACCCUUUCUCUUUCACAAACUUCCCCGAAAACCAAAACUCCAAUGACAUGAUGUUCUCAGCCUCUCAACAAUGGGGCAGCACGUCCUACGAUGCUACAGAGUGCCCCUCCGCUGCACGCAGUUCGUCGUACACUGUCAAGGAUGAGUCGCGAAAAGCAUCUGCACACGACAACUUCGGUGCAUUUGUCGCAACUCCUACCAGCACAUCCAGUGUCCACUUCCCCCAAAGCGUAGACUAUGACCAGCCACGCUUCAUUGGCCCAAGGAACGACACCGAUGACAUGAACAGUGCUCCUGUGCGCACACAAGCUAUGGAUGACGAGGAAGAAGUCCUCUCCCAAUCUGAGACUGCCGAGACUAAGUUAGAGGAGGAGCGCACCAAGGUCGCUCGUAGCCACCCCCUCUACCAGCAGUUGCCUGACAAGGAUGGCAAAUACCACUGCCCUGAGGAAGGCAACGCUGUGCUGCAGCCACAAGCCCACACCUCUCAAUACGUCGAUUCGCAUUUGAAGCCCUUUCGUUGCAACAAGAAGACUUGCGUUGGAGUGCAGUUUUCGUCGACUGCAUGCCUCCUGCGUCAUGAACGUGAGGCUCACGGCAUGCACGGUCAUGGCGCUAGGCCCCAUCUCUGUCACUUCAGGGAUUGCGAGCGAGCGGUACCUGGCCAUGGGUUUCCUCGCCGCUACAAUCUUUUUGACCACAUGAAGCGUGUUCACCAAUACGACGGACCCACUACUGAGCCGUCACCACCAGUACAGGGGCCAUCGCAGCGCAAGCCUGUUAGCCGCAAGCGCAAGGUGUCUGCUGAAGAUGUGACGGAGAGGCGCCAGAAGGUCGUCAAGAUCUCUGCAGAACAGCUCCGGCAACAACAGCGCGAUAAGCUUCUGAAGGAGUUCUUGAGCAAGAAGCAGCACAUUAUCGACAUUCUUAGUGGCCUCAGCAACCCUAGCGACCUUGGUGACGACAUCCAGCUGACCAAGGAGGUUGUUGGUCUGCACGACAUUGGUACUCAGUACCGCGAGAGCUACGGCGGAUGA